ACACACCACUUUAUAUACGCUCUUUAGAGAAGGCAGCACCACUCCCUUCGCCGCCUCUCUCUCCCUCGCUCUUUCAGGUUCGUUUUCCUUAGAAAUUUUCCUCUGCACCUGAUUUCUCACUUCUGUUUCCUUCGUAUCUAUGUUUAUAAACAGAUCGGUAUAUAUAUUUUUUCUUUCUUUUAUGUUUUUCGUUGGAUUUCUUUCAGAUCUAUGCUUUACUGGAAUAUUCCGAUUCGGUUUCGUAACUUUACUGCGUGUUUUGGAAUUUAGUUACGUUUUGAUUUAAUAUUUUUGCGGUGAAUUGGUGUACUCUGUUGAUUUGUUCAUUAUCAGUGUCUAUUCGAUGUGAUUUUGUGUGAUUUUCGCGUUUGAUUGAUUUUAUGGAAAAAUCGAUUGUUUUGUUUUUACUUAAAAAAGUUUUUUAGUAAGAAUUUGAUUUGACAUGUUUGAACACAAAAUCCAAAAAUCUACUUAUAGAUCUAUUUUUUCUCUCUCUUUGUCUGGUUAUUCUUGUAUUGUGUUUCUAACAAAUAGAUCUUGGUUGAGCCUUGGACUCGUUAUUGUUUUGUGUUAAGUUUUUGCAGGUCGUUUGUGUGUUUCAAUGAUGAUAAUUUUAUUUUUACUUUUUAAACAUUCACAAUCUAGGAUGAGCAACUUGCACCUGUCCUUUUAAUAUUUGAAGUAACCUUUUUAUAAACAAGUGAUCCUUUUUGUCCCAGCUUGUAUACCCUCGCUUUAGAGAAGUUUAAUUCACAAAAUGAAUUACCUGUUACGAACAUGAUUUUGUGAUAAUAUUAUUUAUUUUUGCUGAUUUUAUUCUGUAAUUUAUUUUUGUCAGUUAUAUCAUUCAAUUUACUGUCCUUUUCCUUCUGAGAGUGAUAUCUUAUUAUUAUUUUCGCUAAUUUCGGUGAUUUUAAUGUUUCAGCUAUAACUAACUCGUUUUUUGUGGAAAUUAAAGACCAGUCAAAAUGGUGAAGUUCACAGCUGAAGAGCUACGUCGUAUUAUGGACUAUAAGCACAAUAUCCGUAAUAUGUCUGUCAUUGCUCAUGUUGAUCAUGGGAAAUCAACCCUCACAGAUUCUCUCGUAGCUGCUGCUGGCAUUAUUGCACAAGAAGUUGCAGGUGAUGUCCGAAUGACUGAUACUCGUGCGGAUGAAGCUGAGCGUGGUAUAACAAUAAAGUCUACGGGUAUCUCACUUUACUAUGAAAUGCCUGAUGAAUCUCUCAAGAGUUUUAAGGGAGACCGCCAAGGGAAUGAGUAUCUCAUCAAUCUUAUUGACUCCCCUGGGCAUGUUGAUUUCUCAUCGGAGGUUACUGCUGCACUUCGAAUUACUGAUGGAGCUCUAGUGGUGGUGGAUUGUGUUGAAGGUGUCUGUGUCCAAACUGAAACUGUGCUACGACAAGCCCUGGGAGAAAGGAUUAGGCCUGUUCUGACUGUUAACAAGAUGGACAGAUGCUUCCUUGAGCUCCAGGUGGAUGGAGAGGAAGCUUAUCAGACAUUUCAAAGGGUUAUUGAGAAUGCUAAUGUGAUCAUGGCUACAUAUGAAGAUCCACUACUUGGUGAUGUUCAGGUCUAUCCAGAGAAAGGAACAGUUGCUUUUUCUGCAGGUUUGCAUGGCUGGGCGUUUACCUUGACUAACUUUGCCAAGAUGUAUGCAUCCAAGUUUGGAGUUGAUGAGUCAAAGAUGAUGGAAAGGCUCUGGGGUGAAAACUUUUUUGAUCCAGCCACCAAGAAAUGGACUAACAAGAAUACUGGUUCUGCUACCUGCAAGCGUGGGUUUGUUCAGUUCUGUUAUGAACCUAUCAAGCAGAUCAUUAACACUUGUAUGAAUGACCAGAAGGAUAAGCUAUGGCCUAUGCUUCAAAAGCUUGGAGUCACCAUGAAAUCUGAGGAGAAGGACCUCAUGGGGAAAGCAUUGAUGAAGCGUGUCAUGCAAACCUGGCUCCCAGCAAGUAGUGCUCUCUUGGAAAUGAUGAUAUUUCAUCUUCCGUCUCCGGCAAAGGCCCAGAAGUAUCGUGUAGAGAAUUUGUAUGAGGGUCCCAUGGAUGAUCAGUAUGCUUCUGCUAUCAGAAAUUGUGAUCCUGAAGGACCUCUGAUGCUCUACGUCUCCAAGAUGAUUCCUGCAUCUGACAAGGGUAGGUUUUUUGCUUUUGGCCGUGUGUUCUCUGGCAGGGUUUCAACUGGUUUAAAGGUCAGGAUUAUGGGACCAAAUUAUGUCCCUGGGGAGAAAAAGGACUUGUAUGUUAAAAGUGUUCAGCGAACUGUGAUUUGGAUGGGAAAGAGACAGGAAACUGUAGAGGAUGUCCCUUGUGGUAACACAGUUGCUAUGGUUGGUUUAGAUCAAUUUAUCACUAAGAAUGCUACAUUGACUAAUGAGAAGGAAGUUGAUGCCCACCCUAUUCGAGCUAUGAAGUUUUCUGUCUCACCUGUUGUCCGUGUUGCUGUUCAGUGUAAGGUGGCAUCAGAUCUUCCUAAGCUUGUUGAAGGUCUUAAACGUUUGGCCAAGUCAGAUCCUAUGGUUGUUUGUACUAUUGAGGAGUCUGGUGAGCACAUUGUUGCUGGUGCAGGAGAGCUUCAUCUAGAGAUCUGUUUGAAAGACUUGCAGGAAGAUUUCAUGGGUGGAGCUGAGAUUAUUAAAUCUGACCCUGUUGUGUCAUUCAGGGAGACUGUCCUUGAGAGAUCUUGCCGCACUGUGAUGAGUAAGUCACCCAACAAGCACAAUCGUCUAUACAUGGAAGCAAGACCAAUGGAGGAUGGGCUUGCAGAGGCCAUUGAUGAGGGCAAGAUUGGACCAAGGGAUGACCCCAAAGUUCGUUCUAAAAUCUUGUCAGAAGAAUUUGGUUGGGAUAAGGACCUUGCCAAGAAAAUCUGGUGCUUUGGACCUGAGACCAUUGGACCCAACAUGGUGGUUGAUAUGUGUAAGGGAGUCCAGUAUUUAAAUGAAAUCAAGGAUUCCGUAGUUGCUGGUUUCCAGUGGGCAUCAAAAGAAGGUGCAUUGGCUGAAGAAAACAUGAGAGCCAUAUGUUUUGAAGUAUGUGAUGUUGUCCUGCAUGCUGAUGCUAUCCACAGAGGAGGUGGUCAGAUCAUUCCUACUGCUAGGAGAGUCUUCUAUGCUUCCCAGUUGACUGCCAAGCCAAGGCUUCUCGAGCCUGUUUACCUGGUCGAAAUCCAGGCUCCUGAACAAGCUCUUGGUGGUAUCUACAGUGUUCUUAACCAGAAACGUGGACAUGUCUUUGAGGAAAUGCAGAGGCCGGGUACCCCGCUUUACAACAUCAAAGCUUACCUUCCUGUCAUUGAAUCUUUUGGGUUCUCAAGCACAUUGAGGGCUGCAACAUCAGGGCAGGCUUUUCCACAGUGUGUGUUCGAUCACUGGGAUAUGAUGUCCUCAGAUCCAUUGGAGGCUGGUUCACAAGCUGCACAGCUUGUUUCUGACAUUCGCAAGAGGAAGGGCUUGAAGGAGCAGAUGACUCCACUCUCCGAGUAUGAAGACAAGCUUUAAAUUAUUUAAACUACCUACUAUGAACUUAGCUGAGUUCCUCCUGAUGAAAACUUUGUUACCUUAGUUUUAAAGUUCAGUAUCUUGAGUUUUGUUUCUGGUUUUGUCAGUGGAUUGUUGUACUUGGUAUUAUUUGUCUUUGCAUCGAUGUAUUUUUGCUCCGUAGGAUUUUGCAUCGAUGAUUUGGUCCAAACUAUUUAUGCGAAUUUUGCUUAAAAGACGCUCUUCGAAUAAUGGCGUGUUGCGUUUGAUAAUGCGCAAAUGAUCCAAUGGAAUUGUGUUUAAUAAAUUGAAUAUAACAGGGGAACAGGGAAUAAGACCUUUGAUGUUAUGGUUAAAAUUGAUCAAAGGUGGAGGGGGAUGAAAUUGGUUACCUGAAUAGUUUACUUAGGUUGGGAACUUUAUUUCCGUCGCUUAAUGGGAAGACUGAUCUAAAGUUAGAAAUAUGGCCUCCCAAGCUUUCAUUUUCGUUAUUGCUCCCGAAUUAUAAGAAACAAGUGCAGGUGAGACAAUUAGACUACUGCGAAGCUAAUGAUGUGAACCUGAUUCAUUUUCAUCGCAUUCAGUUUCAAAGACAUGGCUUUACAAGAAGGUAGUGGUUGAAGGGAAAUUGUAUACUGUUCACGCAAACACUUUUUAACAUUUUUUUUGGAAUUAGUUAUUUUUAAAAUAUUAAACAAAUUUUUAAAUGAUAAAUCUGAGGUAAAAAUAUUGCGUCUUUAUUAAAAAAUGACCAAUUAUAAAAAUGUAUGUUGCAGAAUGGAUUUAUAAGACAGCGUUAUCAGCUUUUUCUCUUAUUAUUGCCAUGAAAUAUCUAGUAAUAUAUUGGCCGUAAGUCCGUAACUGACAAAAUAGGCAGUCUUGAUUGACGCUAAUUCUGUUCUUUCCAUACGUCCUAUUAUUUCUUAUGACUCAGAAUUAUUGUUUGCUAAUGCUUUUUAUUUUCACUGUUUUUUCUUUAUGCUUGCUUCACAUUGUUUGUAGAUCCAUCUUCUAGAAUGUUCCCUUCUACAUGGCAUGAUUUUGAAAAAGCCAACCCAUAUUGCAAGUUCCAUAUUCGGGGUGUGUCAGGCAUAGAAGUAAGUUGUAGUUCAAAACCAGCUCAGUAGAGUAGAUAACAGCAUAUAAAUAAACUGAAAUUACUAAAUGCGAAGUUGCGUGGCAGUUGGAACAAAAGCUAUAUGCCCAGUAGAGGAAACUCCAAUCAAAGUAGAAUGAACAUACUGAUAUACUGCACGACUAAACCUCAAGACCCCAAAAAACAUCAUUGGCUUCCCAAACAAAAAAUUAAAGAAAAAAGUGAACUUAUGAGCAUCAACAGGGUCUCAGAAAUAUCCAACAGUUGAGCACAAAACUCGUAAACCAUAUCGUUCUCAUAAAAUGAGAACAAAUAUUACAACCGGAGAAGAAGCCAACCAUCUGAAUUUUUGUAUGAUCCU